AUGCAGCUUGAGGUCGGAUCCGAGCGCCUUGGCGACACCGAGACGGACUCAUGGCAACGCCUCGUCGGCUUCUACGGGGCUGCGGCGCCUGCAAUAGAGGUGCUGGCCGUGCACGAGCUGAAUACGAGGAUCGACUGGCGCACGCGGAAAGCGCACCGUCUUAAUGUGCCCGCCCAGCCGGUCCAACCCGGGGCCACCAUCGUGAGUGCGCAGCACUUGAAGGGCACUCACACGGUCCUCGCGAUCGGGAGGCCGAAAAAUUUCUCCGAGUUCGCGGCGCAGUGGGUUGCGAUGUUCGGCCUCGUGUUCCAGGUGGGGGAAGGGUGCCCCCCGGCGAAGGCCCAGUCCAGGAAGGGCGAGACGGAUAUCCGCAAGCAUUUGGGCGGCUCGCAUGCUCAGGGCCCGUGCGCGACGCCGGGGCUCGCAGAGAACAGGGGCCGCGCUCAUGACCACGGCUAG